CGACAAGAGAAGGCCACCACCGUCGUCGUCGUCCUUAAUUGUUCCUGCGUCUCCCAACUUUUCCUUCCAAACAGCGGUGACCUCCACCACCACCCAAGAGCCGAGCGAGGAGAAGAGAAGAGAUCGGCCAUGGCUGCGGACGGCGAGAGGUGGGUGGGCCUGGCGGUGGACUUCUCGGAGGGGAGCCGCGCGGCGCUGCAGUGGGCGGCGGACAACCUGCUCCGCUCCGGCGACAACCUGCUCCUCCUGCACGUCCUCAAGGACCCCGACUACGAGCAGGGCGAGACCCUCCUCUGGGAGGCCUCCGGCUCGCCUUUGAUCCCCCUCUCGGAGUUCUCUCACCCUUCAACUGCAAAGAAAUAUGGGGUGAAGCCUGAUGCUGAAACGCUGGACAUGCUCAACACUAUAGCUAAGCAGAAGGAGGUCUCCGUGGUUUCAAAAGUCCUGUUUGGAGAUCCCCGCGAGAAGCUGUGCCAAGCCAUCCAUGACAUGCCCAUCAGCUCCCUGGUCAUUGGGAGCAGGGGCCUUGGCAAGCUCAAGAGGGUGCUCUUGGGCAGCGUCAGCGAUUACGUCGUGAACAAUGCCGCCUGCCCUGUCACCGUUGUCAAGCCAGCGAGUAACCAUGCCUGAUCUCAUCAUUGCAAAUGUCCACAUGUGUUUUAGUUUGCCAGAGUCCUAUAUAUCCAGUUGGCCGCAACUUAUUGAACCAUCCAGUGUUAUUUGUAAUAAUAAUUGACAAUUAGCCUGUGGAUGAUUCCCAGGUGUGUGUAAUCUGUGCAUGUGUCCUGUACAUCCUGUACAUUUGUGUGCUUAUCUUCAGCCUAGCUUUUGCUCCA